UAAAUCUCGAAAUUUUAAUGUUUUGGUAUUGAAUUGGGCUUUGACAACAGUACACUGGUAGGGCUUAGAAGAUACAGAAAUGGGUAAAAUUAACAAGAUAUUAGUUUGUGGGUGUACUGGAGUUGGUAAAACAUCUUUAAUAGAACAACUGCUGUAUGGUAACCACAAAUUAGGCACUCCAAUGUUUGCUACGAUUGAAGAUAUUUAUAAUGCUGUCAUAGAAACAGAUAGAGGGGUUAAAGAAAGAGUCAGAAUUUAUGAUACAGCUGGCUUGGAUCCAUCAACAGAAAUGCCGAAACAUUAUUUUUCUUUUCCAGAUGGUUUUGCGUUAGUUUAUGAUGUAACCAGUUGGGAUUCCUUUCAAAGAUUAGACUCUUUAAAGAAAGAAAUAGAAAAAGUGAGAGAUAAUAAGGCUCAUAUAAUAGUAAUCGGAAACAAGAGUGAAGUGAACGAGGCCAGACAGGUGGAGUUUAAUACAGCUUUAAAAUGGUCCCACAAGGAAAAGAUCCGAUUAUGGGAAGUUUCCGUGGCAAAUCGUCAAUCUCUAGUCGAACCCUUUAUACAUCUUACUUCAAAAAUAACUCAACCACCUAGUAAAUCAACAUUUUUACCAGGAAGAAAGGCCAAAUCAACAGUAGUUAACAGUGUAGAAACAUAAAGACAAUCUCUCAGAUUGAAAUUGAGAUAAUAAAAUGGCUAAUGAUGUGAAAUGUUCAUUGUGAAAUGAAAAGAAUUAGAGCUCUACAUCUUUCGAAUUCUAAUGUGAAAAAAUAAUAUUGUUAUUUCAAAUAGAAAGAGAGAAAUAAAGAUCAACAGCUCUGACAAAAACAAAUUACAGCUCUACAAUAGUUCACGUUAUUAUUUUGAGAAAAACUUUAAGCCCGAGUUGACCAGGGUUGCAGAUUUUGCCGUAUUUUCUAACAGUCAUAAAAGAUGUAACUUCAUAUAUUUAACUUAGACUGCCUUGAUUUACCAGGAAUGGCCUAUUAGCCAAAUCUUAGAGUCUAAUAUAUUACACAAGAGUAUUGUCAGUAUUGUCUUCAUUUAUAAUGGUUUAUGUUGUAAAUAAAAUAAGUAUUUAUAUGAU